GAUGACUCCAAUGACUUUUGAAAGUCUGGAAGUGCGUUUGAGUCCGGAAAUAUUUGUAACAAACGACACGGGUCGACCUAUGGUGCCUGCAAGAAUCCAAUUAUUGUCAGUUUUAUGGCUGCUAGCUACGCCCGAUUCAUACCGCUCUGUUGCUGAUCGAUUUGGGAUGGGUAAAUCAUCGUUAAGCAACUGUUUCGUACGUGUCAUCAAGGCUCUAAACAACAUUGCUGGUGACAUUAUUAUUUGGCCAACAGGUGAUACGCUUCAGACAAUAAAAGAAAAGUUUCGAGAAACUGGUGGUUUACCUGAUGUUAUAGGUGCAAUUGAUGGCACUGAUAUUGAAGUUAAAGGUCCGAAAGAAAAUAAACAGUACUACAUCAAUAGAAAAAAGAGGUUCAGCAUUACUUCGCAAGCUGUUUCGGAUUCCCAGCUGAGGUUCACAGAUUGUUAUGCCGGUUUUGCAGGCUCCGUCGGUGAUCUACGAAUUUUUAGAAAUUCAGAUCUAUGGCAUGCAGUUCGAGAAAAUAGACGAGCUUUUUUUCCUGAUCAAGAAUACAUCAUUGCAGAUAAAGCAUAUCAUCCUGUUAUGGCCUGGUGCAUUCCACCUUAUCGUAACAUAGGAAAUUUGACACUAGCUCAGCAACGAUUCAAUCAGACUAUAUCUAAAAUGAGACAGGCAAUUGAACGGUCUUUUGCUCUACUGAAGGGCCGAUGGAGACGACUACAGUACUUGGAUAUGAACAGAGAUGAUCUAAUUCCCUUCACUAUAAUAGCAUGUUGUGUGCUGCACAAUAUAUGUCUCGAUGGUGUAGAUGAUGUCGACGACUUUAUCAAUGAAGGCCAAGAGAAUGUGCCCAAUGAUCGCAUUAUUCAGGAAAACGUCCCUAACGAUGCGGAGAGUGAAGCAAAACGCAAUUAUUUAGUUACGCUUGUGACAUAACUUGUACUUGAAGUACUACUUUUUCCUUAUUGACUUAAAACGAGCUUGAU